AUGAAGAAACGAAGGGUAGUUGAGUGUAACGAAGAUGAUUAUAUCAGUAAACUUCCCAAUAGCAUUUUGUGCAACAUUUUGUCAUCUCUCAAAGUGAGGGAAGGUGUGAGGACCAGUACUCUCUCAUCCAUAUGGGAACACAUUUAUGCUAAUCCAACAAACCUCGUUUUGGAUGGAGACAAUAUACUAAAGAAAGAUCACUUGGCCAGCAACGCUUGGCGCUACCAAAGCGCGGAACAAAGGUUCGAAUUCAACAGGGACAGAACCUUAGCCUUUGUUAAGAAUGUCAACAAGUACUUGUCAAACGUUGAACAUGUUGAAAAGAUUUACAGGUUAAGUGUUUGCUUCACAUUUGGCAAUGGCUCAACUGAUCUUGAUGAGUGGAUUCGUUUUGCCCUCAAGAAAAAAGUGGAGGAGAUUGAUCUUUGCUUGUCGGAAGAAGAGAAUCACCUCACUGCUCCAAAUGAUGCUUCCCUCCAUGUCUUUCCCUGUGAUAUUGUUGGCAACAACGAGGGUGCAAGUGAAGGAGCAAGUGGGUUCAAGUCAUUUCUGAAGUGUCUCCGCUUGGCGCAUUGUGUUCUUGCCCCCCACAUGUCAUACAACCAUGGUUUCAGCACACUCACAACACUGGACCUCUUCCGAGUGGACCUGAAAUCUGAGGUGCAUCUCCAGUUUUUGUUGUCUAGCUGCAGCAAUGUUGAAUGGUUGGGGUUGUGUGAGUGUUACAACAUGGAAACCCUGAGAAUAGAGGACCCCUUUUGCGAGAAACUGAAGUACCUGAACGUGAGUCUUUGCCAACAGUUGAAGAAACUCGUGCUCCACAGCAACAGUUUGGAGAGCUUGGAAUACAAGGGAAGAGAAGUUGAGUUUGUGUUUGAUGCGCCCAGACUUACAACUUUCUACAGUCCUGUGAGUGACACUGCUGCUUGUCAUAAGAAGCUUUGGCCAAUCCUCAAACUCCCCACUGUUCUACCCCAGAUGGAAACUUUGAUCCUGCAGUGCAGUUGUUUCAUGGGUGAGGUCAUGAAAAACAGAUUGCCUGCAUUAACAUUUCCAUGGCUGAGGCAUCUUGAAGUUAUUAAAGUGGCUACAGUUCGACAGGAUCUGGGGUGGGUAGCCAUAAUUCUCAAGACAUGCCCUGUACUCCGAACACUAGAGUUACACUUAAGGACUUAUUGCUGUAUUGAUGAUGAGGUAAGCGAGAGUGAAUGGCCUGAGGAAUUCUCACAUGAACAUCUGAAGGAAGUGGUGAUAACUGGUGUUAGAGGACACUCAAGUGAAAUUGAAAUUGCUAUUUAUCUGCUGAGGAUUGCAUCUGCGCUGGAGAAGAUGACCAUAGACCCAAGUGCAAAAGUUUACCUUGGGAAGGGUAAAUGGGGUCACGAAGAUAUUUUGGAGGAUUGGAGAAACAAGGGCAGGGAGAAGGUUCACAAACAUCUAAAUCAAGAAGCUAAUUCUUCAGCAGUGGAACUGCUCAUAAAGUAA